ACCAGACCGACAAAAGGGGAGUUGGAUGAUCUGGGUUCUGCUUAAAUUAAACUGCACACUUCGAUGCGCACCUGUUACUACUUAAAACCGAACCACCUACCUCCCCAUUGUUCAUAGCUGUCCAUACAUACACACACAUUACACACACCAGGGGAGUCUCCUUCUCGCCCGAAAUUAGGGUUUAUCCGAUUGAUCGAUUGAUCCAUUUGUUUCUACUUUCUUGACUGAUUUCACCUCCCAACGGAUCGAUGGCGAGAGGAAGGAGCACUCACAGUGCUCGGCUUCAAGGCAAGAGAUCGUCGAUGGUAGCUCUGGUCCUCGCAAUGCUUCUCAUGUUAACCAUUGUUCUUCUAAUGCUUCUCGCUCUCGGAAUCCUCUCCCUUCCCAUCAGCUCCGACGAUUCUCCGCCGAUCCAUGAUCGCAUCAACUUCGGCCGUAAGGCCGGUGCACUAGAUGACAGUGAUUCAUUGGAGGUGAGACCAGAGCAGUGGACCGAAGUGCUUUCUUGGGAGCCUAGAGCUUUUUUAUAUCAUAAUUUCUUGUCCAAGAAAGAAUGUGAGUACUUAAUGAGUCUUGCCAAACCUCACAUGGUGAAGUCAACUGUUGUUGAUAGCAAAACCGGUCGGAGUAAAGAUAGCAGGGUGCGUACAAGCUCUGGAAUGUUUUUAAAGAGAGGAAGAGAUAAAAUCAUCAGGGACAUAGAAAAAAGGAUAGCAUACUUUACCUUUAUUCCUGUAGAGCAUGGAGAAGGACUGCAAGUUCUUCACUAUGAGGUUGGACAAAAAUACGAGCCACACUAUGACUACUUCGCUGAUGAGUUCAACACCAAAAAUGGGGGCCAACGUAUAGCUACUGUUCUCAUGUAUUUGUCAGAUGUUGAAGAAGGGGGUGAGACCGUCUUUCCUGCUGCUAAAGGCAACAUCAGUUCUGUGCCGUGGUGGAAUGAGUUGUCUGCAUGCGGUAAAAAGGGUCUCUCAGUGAAACCGAAAAUGGGUGAUGCGUUGCUUUUUUGGAGCAUGAGGCCUGAUGCCACAUUAGAUCCAUCUAGUUUGCAUGGUGGUUGUCCUGUGAUUCAAGGGAACAAGUGGUCGUCUACUAAGUGGAUGCAUGUUGAUGAAUAUAAGCUCUAAGCCGUUUUUUUCAAGGGUACAUAAACAUUUGUGUGGUGACGGUUUUAGAAAUCCUAGCUGAUGGUGCUUUCCUCAUAGCUACCACAUAAAACUUUACGACUCAGGUGCCUCGAUGCUUGUAAAUUUCAAUGAGCUUCUGUGUCUUUCAAACGGUGCUCAGGUCAGGACUUGUUUCGUUCUUUAAAAUCUGAAGAAUAAGUCUAGUUUCUUGCCCGGUGAGAAUAUAUUCUUCAUUUUAAUCAUAGAUUUAAUAGAGAUUAGAAGAUGAGGAGUAAGUAGUCAUUGACAGCUAAUUGUAACUUUAAGGUAUGUGAAAUACUAGCUAUGAUGAUCUUUAUAGGUUUGUUUAGUCCCAUUUCUUUGAUAGUUUAUGAAGAAUGUUCUGUGGUUUUAUAAACCAGCGCGUCACUGUUUUAGUAAUGAUGCUGGACAUUCUUGAAGUCUAGCACUCUAAAACAUGUUUGAGGCACUCCAUUUACUCAUGGUAUAUCUCAAGAAUUAGAAUGUAGCAAGUGUUUCUUUGAAGUGCCAAUACCAUUUUCCGUGUA